GAGUACAAUGCCAAGACGGCGGACAAGGCUGGCUAUGUGAUUCCAGUCGAGGUCACCAUUUACGAUGAUAAGAGCUUUACUUUUGUGUUGAAGACUCCCCCGGCCUCAGUUCUUCUACUCAAGGCUGCAGGAGUGGAGAAAGGUUCGAAGGAGCCCAAGUUGCAGAAAGUGGGGAAGGUAACUGUGGAGCAGGUCCGGACCAUAGCUCAGGAGAAACUGCCUGAUUUGAACUGUACAACCAUUGAAGCUGCCAUGAGAAUCAUUGCUGGUACUGCUGCUAAUAUGGGAAUCGACAUCGAGCCUCCGGUACUCGAGCCGAAGAAGAAGCAGCUCCUUCUAUAGAUCUUGCAAAAGUGGUAGAACAGGCUGAUUACUACAAGGGUUUUGCUCUCAUGCGUGGCUUCUUCUUUUGGCUUAAGAACUUAGGCCACGAUGGAGCAUUUAUGCCGUGGGUUCCCCCAUCUCUGAACAAGUUAUGAGAUCAUGCCAGCUGCAUUAACUCUUUUUGUUAACUAUAGUUA